AUGGCUAGAGCAAAUCAGAUAGAUGAUACCAUUCCUCUACCAGGGGUCAAACGGACGCUGUUCGAGUUUCAGUCCUUUGACCAUGCGACCAUUCCCUUUAAAGAUGAAGAGAUACCCGUCAUCAUUAUUGGAAGCAGUAUGGUGGGCAUGUUCAUGGGUCUACUGGUCGGAUAUCAUGGCAUCCGCUCAAUAUCCUUUGAUCGUCAUCCUUCUACAGCUAUUCACCCACGAGCAGCUCUGUUUCUUCUUCGAACGGUCGAGGUGCUACGCCAACUUGGUCUGGAUGAAUUGUUUGUUGCAGAAAGCGGGAAGAACUUCGACCUUGACGCUGGAAUGCUCGUAGUGGAGAAAUUGUACCAGGGAGAGGUUAUUGCCGCUCACCAGGAAAGCGACCCUCUCGAGGUCGCUCGACUGGCGCCUUGUAAGCGUCUCUGGCUCACACAGGAUAUGUUCGAAACGCUCCUCCGUCAGAAUGCUGCUAGAUUUGGCGCGGAGCAGAGAUUCAGCCGGGUGGUGGUUCACUACGAGGAGCUGAGCGACGGUGUCUUGGUCCUUGUACAAGAUGUCGAGAAUGGCGAGCUCAAGAAAUACAAGACGAAGUACUUAGUCGCUGCGGACGGAAACAGAAGUGCGGCCAGGACCAAAGAGGGCAUCGAGUGGUCUGGUCCUGGUCGUCUUGCUAACAGCAUCUCGAUCAACUUCAAAGCGGACCUGGCGCCCUAUCUAGGCACUAGAGCAGUACACAGCGUCACUUAUGUCGUGAGCUCGGAAUUCACCGGUGGCUUCCGGCUUGAUGCCGGGGGUAAAGGCGGAUUCUUGAUUGUCUCCAAGGCUAAGGGCAGAGAGACUGGCUUCAAAGCCGACUCAGUAUCUGCUGUAGAGGCUCGCGACUUCUUUGAAGUCUGUUCUGGGAUCGAUGCUGAUGACUGCGGCUUUGAAGUCGAUUUUAUUUCCUAUUGGACUGUAGCUGCUUACAAUGCGGAUGAGUAUGUAAGCAAAGGAGGAAGAGUGUUCAUCAUGGGAGAUGCUGCACACGUCAUGCCACCGAGUGGGGGCAUGGGCGGUAAUACAGGCGUUGCGGUGUCCACCAGUCUACUCGAUACUUAUAACCAAGAGCGACAGCCCGGCGGUAGAUUUGCAAUGCAACAAGCCUUUUCUCGACUCGUGAAUAGGGCCUUUCGUGAUGCAGGCCUGGAAUGCGAGAAGGAAUUGCCAGAUCUUGUUUGCGAGCUCGGACAUCGCUACACCAAGGGCGCCAUACAUUCUGACGAAGUUGAUGGCAUGGACCAGACGUAUGAGGACCCACACCAGCCUCUUGUGCUCCCAGGUGGCCGACUACCUCACAUCUGGCUGGUUGGCGAAGACGGCAAGAGACGGUCGAGCUUGGAUCUUGUGAAAUUCAAUUUGGUGUUACUCACUACAGAAUCUGCAUCGCCGUGGUUGGAAGCAGCUGAGAAGCAAGACAUACCGAUUGACGGGUAUGUUAUCAACUCGUCGUCGCAUCCUUACCGCGAGUGCGAAAGAACGGCGAGAGACAGCUGGAAUCUGCAAGAAGGAGAAGUAUUGCUUGUUCGACCGGAUGGUAUUGUUGCAUGGUGA